ACAGCCCACCUUUUCCAAACCGCCCCCCGCCCCUGCUCUCCCUAGACCCCGCCGAGGCAGCGCCGCGACCCCUUCCCGGCGCUCCCCGCGCCGUGCGCAGCGCGCCCUCGCGGUGACCCGCAGUGCGUGGGGUCAAGGCGCGGGGCGGAGCGGCUGGGCGGGCGCCAUGCGGAGGUGCGAGCGCAGAGGCGCCGGGGGGCCGCGGCCGGGGUCCCCUGUGCCCGCGGCCAAGGCCUCGCUGGAGGAGCCGCCGGACGGCGUGGCCACGGGUCGAGCAAGCGGGCCGGGCGCGGGCCGUCGCAGCACGGAGUCCGAGGUCUACGACGACGGCACCAACACCUUCUUCUGGCGAGCCCAUACCCUAACUGUGCUCUUCAUCCUCACCUGUGUGCUUGGCUACGUGACUCUGCUGGAGGAGACACCUCGGGACACAGCCUAUAACACCAAGAGAGGUAUUGUGGCCAGUAUUUUGGUUUUCUUAUGUUUUGGAGUCACACAAGCUAAAGACGGGCCGUUUUCCAGACCUCAUCCAGCUUACUGGAGGUUCUGGCUGUGCGUCAGUGUGGUCUACGAGCUGUUCCUCAUCUUCAUACUUUUCCAGACUGUCCAGGACGGCCGCCAGUUUCUGAAGUACGUGGACCCUAGGCUGGGAGUCCCACUGCCUGAGAGGGACUACGGGGGAAACUGCCUCAUCUAUGAUGCACACAAUGAGAGCGACCCCUUCCACAACGUUUGGGACAAGCUGGACGGCUUUGUGCCUGCGCACUUCCUUGGCUGGUACCUGAAGACCCUGAUGAUCCGUGACUGGUGGAUGUGCACGAUCGUGAGCGUCAUGUUCGAGUUCCUCGAGUACAGCCUGGAGCACCAGCUGCCCAACUUCAGCGAGUGCUGGUGGGAUCACUGGAUCAUGGACGUGCUUGUCUGCAACGGGCUGGGCAUAUACUGCGGCAUGAAGACCCUCGAGUGGCUAUCUCUGAAGACGUACAAGUGGCAGGGCCUCUGGAACAUUCCGACCUACAAGGGCAAGAUGAAGAGGAUCGCCUUCCAGUUCACGCCUUACAGCUGGGUCCGCUUCGAGUGGAAGCCCGCCUCCAGCCUGCGCCGCUGGCUGGCCGUGUGUGGCAUCAUCCUGGUGUUUCUGUUGGCAGAAUUGAACACGUUCUACCUGAAGUUCGUGCUGUGGCUGCCCCCGGAGCACUACCUGGUCCUCCUGCGGCUGGUGUUCUUUGUGAAUGUGGGCGGUGUGGCCAUGCGGGAGAUCUACGACUUCAUGGAUGACCCGAAGCUCCACAAGAAGCUAGGCCAGCAGGCCUGGCUGGUGGCAGCCAUCACGGCCACGGAGCUGCUCAUCGUCGUGAAGUAUGACCCGCAUACACUCACGCUGUCCCUGCCUUUCUACAUCUCCCAGUGCUGGACACUUGGCUCUGUGCUCGUGCUCACCUGGACCAUCUGGCGCUUCUUCCUGCGGGACAUCACCCUGAGGUACAAGGAGACUCGGCGGCAGAAGCAGCAAAGCAGGGCCGACCAGGACAGAGCCGGGGGCAACACGGACGGACACCUGCCUGAGCCAGAAGACCCCCCAGGGCCUGCGGAGGCAGAGAGGCCGGUCUCCUCCUCUUUCUGCACCUUCAGCCCGCCCGGCCCCUGGGCCACACCAAGCCCUCAGCACCAGACGGCCCUGCCCAGCACAGGCAUCAUGGUGCCUCUCUCUGCUCCCUAG